ACGCGCCCGCCCCCGUUUCAAACCCCCAAAAAUUAAAAUUCCCUCCUCUCCUCCUCUUCGCCGCCGAACAAAUCGCCCCCCACCUUUUUGAUCCCCCGCACCUCUCGAUUUUAGUCCCUCCAAUUCCAACCAACCUCUGCCUCUCGAUUCCCGCAGCUCUCGUCUACCUCGCCCGCACCAACCUACCCAACACCUACCCCCCCCUGCGAAACCCUAGCCGGCGAUUGCCCCCCACCAAUGGCGGAGCAGGACGACGCCGUGAGAUGCAGCCUGCCGUCCCCCGUUCAGGGGGACAUCUGUGGAGAAAAUGGGGGUGAGAGAACUGAGCAGUACCAACCAUUUUUCUCCAUGUGCCCACCGCUUCGCACUCUUAGCUAUUCAAAUUCUUGGGAUGGGGUCUGUGCUCCUGUAACAACAAAACCUUGCCAAACUAGCGGGUCAGAUUUAAUGGAUGAUGAUUUCAUGCCAAGUGCACCUUGUUUUCCAGAAAGCAAGGAGCCCCAAGCUGAGAGCAUCUCUGAUAUAUUAGAUGAACUAAACAAGUCCCCUUCAUUGCCUUCAAUGCACAAGGAACAUGAGGUGGCACAGCAUCCACAGGAAAUUGAACAACUAAUGGAUGACUCUGGUGGACUAGAUGGGGAAACAAAGCAGCAGCCAGAACCCCUUGGCACAGAGAAACCCAGUUCCAUUGAUGUAAUAGAAAAAUUAGGGGAGGAAACUACACAGCAGUCGCUGUCCUUUCCCAAAAGCAUGCAGUGGAGCUCCUGUCAGAGUGGUAUUGAACCUUGUGACAAGGAAAGUAACCAACUUUCCUUAUCUUUCUCUCGCUUGAGGCGACCCCAAUCAGUGGGAGCUGGUCUUCGGAAUAUGGGAAAUACAUGCUUCCUAAAUGCAACUCUUCAGUGCAUCACUCAUACUGUGCCACUAUUUAAGAAGCUCCGAAGCACUGACCACCCUACUCCAUGCUCAUAUGAUGAAGAUGGAUUCUGUUCUUUCUGUGCCCUUAAAGAACAUAUUGAAGAAUCAAUUCGAAGGUCUGGAUCUGUUUUAAUGCCAGCAAGGUUCAAAGAUAACUUAAGGAAGUUAUCUUCAGAUUUUAGACCAGGACAACAAGAGGAUGCACAUGAGUUCCUACGUUGUUUGCUGGAUAACUUGCACAAGUGCACCCUUGAUCCCAAGUCAAAGGGGAAGCCCUCAUCUUUUGAUGAAGAAAGUAUUGUCAAGCGGGUGUUUGGCGGCCAACUAAAAAGCCAGUUGACAUGCCGUGAGUGUGGUCACUGCUCGGAGACAUCUGAGCCCUUCCUUGAUCUCAGCUUGGAGAUUGAUCAGGUUGAUGACCUUGUUGCUGCUUUGGAAUCAUUUACCAAGGUGGAAGAGAUCGGGGAUGCUGAGAACAAGCUCACCUGUGAAAGUUGCAAUGUCCAAGUUUGUAAGGGCAAGCGGCUUUUGCUUGACAAAACACCUGAUGUCAUUGCGUUUCAACUCAAGCGUUUCACCACACUUGAUCAUUCCAUUGAAAAGAUUGACAAACAUGUGGCGUACCCAUCUGAGCUUGAUUUGAAGCCGUUCCAUAGCAACCCAGUCAGUGAGGAAGAACUGAAAUAUGAUCUUUAUGGUGUUGUUGAGCAUUCUGGCUUACCUAACUAUGGCCAUUAUGUGUGUGCCAUUCGUUCUUCACCAAGCACGUGGCACUUGAUGAAUGACUCCCAAGUUGAUUCCAUAACCGAGACAAGCGCACUACACCAGGAAGCAUAUAUCCUCUUCUAUGUUAGGCAGGGCAUAUUUCCGUGGUUCUCAAGUUUGCUAGAGGAGGCCCUGCACACCGAGACUACAAGUGGUGCGUCUCCUGUGUCCGUCUUGGAGGAUAUAGAUGCGGACUGUUCAACAUCCAGUAACAUUAGUUCUGGUGAUAAGUUUGAAAAAGAUGAAAAUAGCCCAUGCAAAGCAUCUUUCCUUCCCGAGGAGCCUACUAAGAGAUGUGCAGUUGAUGCUUCCAACAGCAUGAGCAAACAAGAAAUCAGUCCGUGCAGAGCAUCUCUCCAAAGUGAUGUGGUCAUGAGGUAUUCCUCUAAUGGUACUGAAGUCACGAAUCCUGAGAGACCCUCGACUCCACCUCCCCGUCCCAAGCGACUGUCCUCCGAAGGUGUCCUUGGUGUGUUUGACUUUGAGGACUUAGAGGAUGAGGAUGAUCAACUGAUGCCAAUAGUUAAAAAUCAAAAAAAGGUGAAGAAACCUAAAGCUGCAUCUGCAUCGAAGGUUGUGAAGGGUUCUUGCCUGGAUAAGAAUGCAUCGCAUUUAAUUAAUCGCAUGCCAUCCGCACGGAGAAAAGGUUUACUUGCCUGCAUGCCCCCGCAGCAUAGUGUAGCGCAGGCGCCUCGCAGCGAUCCUCUGGACAAAAAGAAGAGGAAGAUUAACGUAUCCGUUCCCGUUCUUCAAUACUAAGUACUUUUCAAGUCAGGUUCGACUGCCAGAAAUGUUUUUGCUGUACGUAGUUUCCCAUGCCUUGUCCAGGACCAACUAAUUAAAUCUUGCUGCCCGUAUAGUGCAAUAGAGCUUAUGCUGCUGAGUCGUUCUUCCCUGUUGCUGCUUUCUGAUGUAAAAUGCCUACAUGGAAUUCGCUUUUGGUGUCUUUAGGAUACCUUUGGGUUCAAUGGGAUUAUGGGAUGUGUUCCCACGGAAGAGAUGCCCAGGGUGAUAUUUUCUUGACCAAAUGGACCACCACCUGAUAUAGUAAGAUGGUUUGCUCUUAGUUUAAA